CAAAGUUCUUACCAGUAAGAAUUAAUUUAGAAGACUUUAAAAUAAUUUAAAUUUAAUCAAAAAGAAAAAAGGAUUAAACAAAUUUCAAUUAGAAAAUGUUAAGGAGUUUUCCUUUUGUGAUCAUAUGUUUUACAAUAUAUACGAAUGCAUAUGUUAUACAACAUUUAGGUUUAAAUCAUGCAAGUUUAACACAUCAUCCUAGUAAUCCACCAAUAAUUCGGAUACCACAACCAUCAAAAACAAUAUUGCAUCAUCCAUCCGAAAUUAUAUCAGUUCAACCAAUUAGAUCUCAUAUAUUGAAAACAUCAUCGUCUAGUGAUGAUAGUGAUUUUAAUCCACAUCCACGUUACAGUUUCUCAUAUGAUAUCAAAGAUUUAAAAACUGGUGAUGAAAAACAACAAGAAGAAAAACGUGAUGGAGAUCAUGUACAAGGAAAGUAUUCAUUAGUUGAACCAGAUGGUACAAGAAGAAUUGUUGCAUAUACAGCUGAUAAUUUGAGUGGUUUUAAUGCAAUUGUAUCAAAAGAGCCUUUACAUGGUCAACAGAACCAACAACAACGUCAACAACAGCAACAACAAAUUAAUGAACAACAAACAACAGAGAUAACAUCAUCAACUGAAGAUGAUGAAAAUCUUGAAGAAUUUAGACAACAGUUAGCACAGCAUCAAGCUGAAAUUGAAGAAGAACAACGUCGUCAACGAGAACAAUUAAGACAAUCUGUAAUACAACAACAAGAAGAAUUGACAAGAGAACAAUUAAGACAGACGGCACUUAAACAACAGCAACAACAACAACAACAGGAACAAAUAGCUAGAGCACAAGCAAUUGUUUUAGCACAAUCAAUACCCAGUUCAGUUUUAGGUCAUACAGUUCAUUCAACAAUUGUUCACCAUCAUACACCAACAUUAAGAUUACAUAAUGUACCUGUAUUAACAACAAAUCAACAUAUUUCAACAUUAGAAACUCAUCCAACAAUUGUUAAAAGUAUUGGUUUACCAAGAACACAUAUUUUAUCACAACAUCCAACAACAUUAUUACAAACACAAUUUCUUUCAUCACCUUCGGUUGUAUUUACAUCCCGUAUUGAUUCAAGUAGUAGUGAUUUAACAAAUAGAAAUUUAAAUCAACAAGAACAACAGGAUCAACAACAACACCAACAACAAUUACAACAACAUCGAAUCGAUGAUAGUGAUAGUGAAAUCGAUUUAAGUGAAUUAAGAGAAAGACACCGUGAUCUUAGUGAUGAACAACGUAUUUUAAAUGAAAAUGAACAAAAUGAUAAUGGUAAUGGUCAUAGAUUAAAUAAUGGCAAUGGAAUACAUAGUAAUAAUGAUAGAAAAGAAUAUAGAAAUGGUAAUGGUAAUCAUCGAAAUAUUCAUGAAUCUAACGGUAAACGAAGAAAUGGAUUGAAUGGAAAUGAUAAUGGUACAGAACAUGAAAUUGGUACGAAUGGAAAUGAAAUCGAUGAUCGUUUAAAUGAAAAUAGAUAUAACGGUAAAAGCGAACAGCGUUUCUACUAUCGUCGUUAUUAAAAAAACAGUUAUUAAAAAAAACAAAAGAGUUUUUUAAAUUUAGCGGGAAAACAAAAAUUAUUAAUUUACUUUAGAUUUUAGCGUGAAAUGAAAAAAAUUUUAAAAAGGACAUGACUGACCCGA